CAUCCGAGCCCAGCCUUCUCUCUCCGUCCCCACAACGCCUCUGAAUCGCCAUAUUGGGUACUGAGGUUACUCUGCAGUUUCUCUCAGUCCGGGACGGAAUUGACAAGAGCUCCUUCGGUUCCUCUGCAGUUUGUUUUGAUGAUUCGCGGGGACUAUCUUCGGCGUCAGAACACCGCAGAAGCCGUUUGCGCCUCCAGCUUGACAUACGCAUGGCAUAAGCCGUUUCACGCCUGUUUCGGAUCUUUCCCCCCGUGACGAGGAGAUACCCGUUGUUUUUUUGUUUUUUUUUUCUUCUCUCACUCUCCGGCGACGUGUUUUUUUCUUAUGAAAACCGGACGCUCCUGGCUGCUCGAAGAUUCAGUUUUUUUGGGGGGUAAAAUGUCAGACGUUCGACUUUCAAACGGAAGCCCGACGUUGGAACGGACGGAGCCCCGGGUUACGGAACACCCGAAGCCGUCAGCCUGCCGAAGCCUCUUCGGCUCAGUGGACCACGAAGAGUUAAAGAGGGAUUUAAAGGGACAUAUGCGGGAGCUGCAGGAGGCUGCGUCCGCCAAGUGGGGCUUCGACUUUGCCAGUGACAAGCCGCUGCCUAACGCCAGGCUCACAUGGGAACUAGUGGACCCCGCUGAGGUCCCGGAUUUCUACGUGCGGCCCCCGCGGAGGGAGAAAGGCGUCUGCUCUGGGAAUAACAAUGUGGAUCUAAACGGGAAUCAUAGCUGCGAUACGAGCAUGUCUGACGUACUGACUGAGUGUACGGAGCAGUGCACCGGGCUGAGGAAAAGACCGUGUCACGACACCACGGCGCAAAGUAAGAGGUCACGCAGCAGCCCAGAUGAAGUUAGUUGUCCAACCCUGAGCCACUCUGUUGAACACACACCCAGAAAGUCCAGUCCCAAGAGGCAAACGUGAGGACUAGCAAAACGAGAAGAUGCCCCCUCCCCCUUGUUUUUCCCUAAAUGUGGGAGACCUCAGUGUUGUUUUUUUUUUUUUUUUUUCCCUUUUGGACGAGGAUCUACGCAGCAUCAGAAACAUAUCAGCUCUCCUGAAGACUGGGGAGGACGCUGUUGAAGCACUGAAUAGAAACACUAAAGUUUUUGGCACUCAGUUAAAUGUUACUGCCUCUAACAGCAGUCGAUGUAGCAGUGUGCAAUUAGGUUGGAUUUCCUUUUUUGCUCCUUAUAUUUCUUUUCUUUUUUUUUUUACUACCUGUGUAUAUAAAUUAAUAAAUAUAUAUUUCUCUUCAUAUGUAGCACAUAAGAAACAUUAUGAUUUAUGAAACAAAUCCUUUAUGCUAAAA